AUGAAUGAACACAGAUUAAAUCAGCGUCGGCGACUCAGUUGGUCCGGAGCGGCGCGGCGGUCAGCUUUGCGCCGCCUCGGAAGCGGGUACGACGGGGUGGAGGGUCGUCACCACUUCCCGCCGCCAGCCCUUCCGCCAACCUGCCUGCCGCCCCCAGCCCAAGCCGUCCCCUUCACCACCCACCAACCCCUAUCCCCUGUCACCUGCAUCCAUCAGCCAAACCACCUCCCUCCGUCCCCCAGCCGGGCCACAUCUCCGCCCUCCUCCCUUCACCAGCCCAUGCACACCAUCUCCCUCUCUCCAGCCCACACCCCCGUCUCUUAUCAUCCCAAAUCGCUUUCCUCUCCCCACCACACCAAACAGACUCGCCUUCCUCCCAACCAGCCCACGUCGUCAUCUUCCAUCAGCCCAAACCACCUCUUUCCACCAGCCCACACCAAUCCUCCCUCAAACCCACACCACCUCCCUCCACCCUCCGCCAGCCCACGCGCCUUGCCUUCCACUGCAGCAGACGGCUUACACUUUCUGGUUGUCUUGCUGCUUUCUGGCAAGAUUUCAGGCAGUGUUCUCGGCCAGCGCAGCCUUUCGGUCUCAACCUUGCCUCCCCACCCUCCCACCCUCACCUCCUCACUCUCCCCAACCCUUACCCCUGCUUCCCUACCCUCCUACACCAUCACCUAG